UCUUUGUAAGAAUUUCACUUCAUCUUCAUUUCUUCAACAAAAACCCCUUUUCAGACCAAACCCUAACCCUAAUUUUCUCGAUCGAUUCAAUCAUGGAGAAACCUGGUGAGACAAUCGCAGUAGUGUUAUCUGCGAAGGAAGCAUUCGAGAAGCUCGAGAAAGUUGGAGAAGGAACGUACGGGAAGGUUUACAGAGCAAGAGAGAAAGCUACUGGGAAAAUUGUUGCGUUGAAGAAGACUCGUCUUCAUGAAGAUGAUGAAGGUGUUCCUCCUACUACGCUUCGCGAGGUUUCGAUUCUGAGAAUGCUCUCUCGCGAUCCACAUGUUGUUAGGUUGUUGGAUGUGAAACAAGGGCAGAACAAAGAAGGGAAAACUGUGUUGUAUUUAGUUUUUGAGUAUAUGGAUACUGAUCUUAAGAAAUUCAUUCGGAGUUUUCGUCAAACUGGGCAAAAUAUUCCACCCCCAACCAUCAAAGGUUUGAUGUAUCAACUUUGCAAGGGUGUUGCUUUCUGCCAUGGUCAUGGAAUUUUGCACAGGGAUUUGAAGCCUCACAAUCUCUUGAUGGACCGGAAAACAAUGAUGCUCAAAAUUGCUGAUCUUGGACUUGCUAGAGCUUUUACUGUACCACUUAAGAAGUACACUCAUGAGAUACUAACCCUGUGGUAUAGAGCACCUGAAGUCCUUUUGGGGGCUACCCAUUACUCAAUGGCUGUGGAUAUGUGGUCUGUUGCCUGCAUUUUCGCUGAACUUGUUACCAAGACAGCACUAUUUCCUGGUGAUUCUGAGCUGCAACAACUCCUCCAUAUAUUCAGGCUGUUGGGGACUCCUAAUGAAGAUGUGUGGCCAGGUGUUAGUAAACUAAUGAACUGGCAUGAGUACCCUCAGUGGGGUCCUCAAAGUCUUUCAAAGGCUGUUCCCGGUUUGGAAGAGACUGGAGUGGAUUUACUCUCUCAAAUGCUGCAGUAUGAACCUUCCAAGCGGCUAUCUGCAAAGAAAGCUAUGGAACACCCUUACUUUGAUGACCUAGACAAGACCUAUCUCUAGGUUCCAAAUGAUGUUUUGGAUUUAGGAAUUCUUAUCAUGCUUCUCUCGAGCGCAUAUCCUAGUCUGUUUUAGGUUGAUAACAUUUGCCGUCUUAUUUUUUCUUUGUAUUCCAUAAAGUUGUGGAUUGUAAGGAUUUGGAUCAAGUUAAACUCUUUAGUACGAAAAGAGUGUAUGCUGUGCAUUGUUAUAAGUACUGUUAUUGUUACCUACAAUGAAAUGAAUCAUUGGUUCUCCUUGACAUGAAA